CCCCUUUGCUGCCGAAGUGCUGCUCAGCGCUCUCAGAAGGUCAGCGAUUUCGCAGAGGUGUCCGCCCUUCGGGCGGGGAUCCGUCGGCCCCUCCCGGUCGAGGGCUGUGGAGGGAAGCGGUGCGAGCGGGGCUUUAUAAGGGGCGUCCCGCCUGGGAUUGGCACGUCUGGAUUCCUGGACACCACCAUGGCGAUAGGCCUUGCAGCUCUGGGGCUCCUCGCUUUUCUACUCUGCCACGGAAAUUUUGCCGAACCUCAAAACUCGGAGCCAGCCUCCAAGUCCUCCCUGAUCGGCACCUGGAAGAAUGACCUCAACUCCACCACGGAGACCAACAGCGUCAGUAACAAGGGAAUGUCCAGCGGCGUCUACGAAACGGCAAUCUCGGCCUCCGACAAUCCCAUCCGGCCAUCCCUGCUGCAGAUCAUCCAGCGCCAGGAUCCCGGGCCUGUCUUUGGCUUCACCAUCAUCUUUAACCUCUCUGUGAGUUUCAGGCCCCUAUCUGGUGAACAAGAAGGGAAUGGAACAGCUGAAGACAACCUGGCUACUGCAGAGAGAGGUGGAAUCCGCGGCCAGCGUUGGAGCCAGCACCUUCUACCGCAGCAAGUGAGAGGGUGAAGAGAGUAAGGCUUCCGCGUUUGUGUCAUGGGGGGUGACCCCCCCCCCAACCUCACCCAUCAGAUGCUCUUCUCCAAUAAAAUGUUUCCC